UGCAAAACGAACUCGCUCAAUACAUUUGCUGUAGGCUGAUGUCUAGUGACCGACUUCCGCCCCAUGUCUUCAGUUCUGCAUCAGCCGGCAAGCAGUUGAGCUACGACGCCAGGGGAGGUAGACGAACAGAUGUUGUCAAACGAAGGAAUGGAAACUUGACAUUCACUUUGAAUAGGAAAAGAGAGUAAACGUCGUCGUGGGCAGCUGUCGUAUGUGGACGCGGUGGUGAAACUAGAGGGAAUAGGGCGACAGGGAGAAGCUGAUGAAUACGUUUCAUUUGAGGAGGCGGACCCCUCACUGCGUCUUCGAUAUGCUGAAAGCAGGCCCGGUGUGUUCAUACUGUAUGUGGAAGUACAGAUAGGUUACUAUUUUGUCUUUAUUCAAUCAUGAGGAUCGGAUACAUUGUCAUUUAAACCGCGUUGGACACACCGCGUAUUAUUUCCUGGCAGCGAGCUAGAGCCAAUUCAUUUGGUCGUAUGUUUUUUCAGAUAGAAGAUACCAUCCUUCUACUCAUUUGCACGUUUUUCUUUGGAAGUUGACUUUAAAGUAGAGUGUGCUACCGGUUUGUCUCAUAGAGCUAGCAUGAAAUCGUUCUAUAAGAUCUGAGUAACGCAUGAGGGGAGUCGCUUGAGGUCUAGCCUACUUCAUGCCACGCACUGGAGCAGGCCUAUCAUUUUUGGAUGGACUUUUGAAGUAUUAUGGCCUAAUUUUUGACGUUGCGAACUCUUGAAUUAGAUAUUUUUUGUAGAUAGGCUAUUCAUUGUCAUUAUCUAUAGCCUAUAGAUGCAAAUAGUGGAGCAUUUCUAAACACCAACAGCUCCUAGUCUAUUUCGCUGUUAUCUAUUCAUAUGUGGUAUUUAUCUAAACACAGCGGGUUUUUUAAAGGUGAUGCAUUUUAUCUAACUGUCGUCUGACGUUUCAUUCUUGUGGCUCGACAUAUUCGAAUAUUUAUACCCCAAACGCAAUUCUCCAGGUAGUCUUUACACCCGGCGGAAUCCUUGGAGAAAGCGUUCCAUUUCGGAAUAGACAUUAUUUUUGUAUUUAUUCUCUCUUCACACGGAAAAUAAUUAGUGGCUUCCCCCACGAUGAGUUACUUCUACCAAGCAGUGCUUCUAUUGCUACGUGGACUCGUCAUCUCUGCGGUACUGGGAUUGGAAAGCAGUUACUCAACCGAUCUGUCGACCCGUGCUUCUAAUGCCGCAAUUGUAGCCACUACAGACCCCUGUCUGACAGUGAUGCCUCCAUGCAUGGGUGCCGCAGACCGUUUCAGCCUGGAGGCCCUCCGGGUCAUUCACAAACAGCUGGAUGACGACAAUGACGGGGGAAUCGAGGUCAACGAGAGUGUAGAGUUUAUUAGAGAAGAUAUGAAGCAACAACAAACUAACAAACACAGUAACCUUCACAGGGAAGACCAACACAUCACUGUGGAAGAGCUGUGGAAGGGCUGGAAAACCUCAGAAGUUCAUAACUGGACGACGGAGGACACAGUCCAGUGGCUGAAGGAAUCUGUGGAGCUGCCUCAGUACGAGACGAGCUUCAGAGACUUCCGGAUCAAUGGAAACACUCUGCCUCGGUUGGCGGCGAACGAACCGUCGUUUAUGUCUGGUCAGCUGAAGAUAUUAGACCAGCGGCACAAACAGAAACUCAAUCUCAAAGCACUAGAUGCUGUGCUCUUCGGCCCUCCCUCACGUCCGCAACACAACUGGUUGAAGGACUUUGUGUUGAUGGUAUCUAUAGUGAUUGGGGUGGGGGGCUGCUGGUUCGCUUAUAUCCAGAACAAGUCUUCCCGGGUCCACAUGGGUCAGAUGAUGAAGGACUUGGAGAGCCUGCAGAGUGCUGAGCAGAGCCUCAUGGACCUACAGGGACGGUUGGAGAAGGCCCAGGAGGAGAACCGCACAGUGGCGGUGGAGAAGCAGAACCUGGAGCAAAAGAUGAGAGACGAGAUCAGCGGGGCCAAGAAGGAGUCGUACCGCCUCCGCGAACUCCGCCAGGGGGCCGAGUGUGAGCUCAGCCGCCUCAAAUACGCAGAGGAGGAGCUGGUGCAGGUUCGUAUGGCCCUGAAGCGAGCAGAGAAGGAAAUGCAGACGGAGUGGUCGGUGCCAGAUGCCCUACAGAUGUGGCUACAACUCACCCACGAGGUGGAGGUCCAAUACUACAACAUCAAGAAACACAGUGCGGAGCUACAGCUCACGGUCGCUAAGGAAGAGGCAGAGAAAAUCAAGAGAAAGAGGAGUAGUGUGUUUGGGACCCUUCACGUCGCUCACAGCUCGUCACUGGACGAGGUGGACCACAAGAUCCUAGAGGCCAAGAAGUCCCUGUCGGAGGUGACGGCCUGCCUGAGGGAGCGCCUCCACCGCUGGCAGCAGAUGGAGAAGCUGUGCGGCUUCCCCCUGGUGCACAACGCUGGGCUGCCCAGCCUGACUGCCACCCUGUACUCAGACCACAGCUGGGUGGUCAUGCCUCGCGUCUCCGUGCCCCCCUAUCCCAUCGCCGGUGGGGUGGACGACCUCGACGAGGACACUCCUCCAAUCAUUCCACAGUUAACCUCAGCCUCUAUGAUGCGGCCCCCUUUAACACGCAAUAGCAGCCUGUGCCGUUCCCGCCGGAGCCUCUACAGCACUUCAAUGACGUCAGCUGACCCCGACCUGCUCUCCAUGACCAGCUCAGCCCUCUCCUAUCAUCCCGAGGGGGAAGAGGGAUACAUCUUCUUCAUGGAGAGAAAGGGGGAUACUCAGGACACGUGUUCAGACACAGACUCUCUCAACUCCUCCAUGGGGCGUAAACAGUCCUACACCAACCCCUGCACACCGGGCCCAGAGACCCCCUACCGCAAUAUCUCCCGUGAGGAGCUGAUGAUGCUGAGCCAGCAGGAGCCUCAGUCUUAUGUCCGGGACUCACCACCUCCUCAAGGGGGAUCCUCGGCCCCCUCCCCAGCCCUGGAGCACCACAGACACAAACACAAGGGUUCGCCCGACCUCACCCGUGGAUCUAUCCCAGAGUCCCACAGCAUGUCCUUCGCCACUUCGUCGGCAGGCAACAAGGCCAUGUACAAUGGUAUCCUGGAGAAGUCCUAUAGCAUGGGCCAGCUGCACGCGAGCAUGACAGGUGCAGGCGGGGUGGCGGUCGGGCGCUACCCGUCCCUCACCUCAAUGGACAAUGAGGGCAGGGGGGCGGGGGCCAAGGAGCAGAAGCAACCGAGUACCUCCUCCCAGGACUCCAGUGGCAACGGAGACAAGCCCAAGAGGUCCUCGUCCAAAAUCAAGAGCUUGUUCAAGAAGAAAAAAUAGUCCUACACACAGAGAGAGAGCGAGAGAUUCUAGCCUUUAAAAAAUGGCCGUCAUCAAAGGAAGCCAAAACAUUAUUUUUGUUCCUUUUCUUUCUUCCAAGAUGGAAUGUAUCUCUGGCUGAAUCCCUCAUACCUCUUCCAGAUCGGAAGCCUUAUUUUUCAAUAAUGCCUUUUUUUUCACUCAUAGGGUGCUGCUGAUGCAUACCAGAUCUUACAACACCUGGAUAGGUAUUUUACUUAUCAGCGAACCACAUCAUAUGUUGUAGCAAUCUGUCAGUCGAUGAUGUGGCGCGCAAACAUUGGUUGAUGCAUGCAACGUAUGAGUAGGGUAACGCGACCAUAGCCUCACAUUUAAGCCUUCAAAGGUUACAGAAAAGUCAAAAGGUCAAGGGUCGUGCCAGCUGCCGUCGCCCAGGCAAUCGUGAAGAGCAUUAGCCUGGUCACAUCUCUUGUCUUCUCUUGUUCUUUUUGAGUUAAAGAACCAAAAAAUAAAUAACACUUGUUCUAUCUGGAAACUGAGGGGGUUUACAUGGUGGACUUGUUAGCUUGACAUCACUUCCUGUCUGACAGAGGCUCCUGAGCUCUGGACUCAUUUCCUUUGAGAAGUAAAAAUCCUGCUGAGUUUGUUGCACUACUGCCUUCCUGUUUUCUGGGAAAGGACCGCCGUUGCGUGCGGAGUAAAUAUUGAUGUGUAGAAGAGAAUGAUGUAUGGAUAGAGGCCUUGGGGAGAUGCAACAUGUGGUAGACUAUUGCAGCCAGAACCAGUUGGUGCGUUUUCCAAUGUCUCUCGUUAUGGAUUGUUCUAUAUAUAUAUAUAUAUACACACACACACACACACACACACACACACACACACACACACACACACACACAGUGAGGUUCGAAAUGAUUGACAACCUUGAUAAAGAUGAGCAAUAAUAACUGUACAAAAAAAUAAUUCAAAUAAUGAGCUAUAUUCUAUUCUAAAAACAAUUCUACUAUACUGAACAAAAUAUAAACAACAAUUUGUAUGAUUUUACUGGGUUACAGUCAGUCAAUUAAAAUAAAUGCAUUAGGCCCUCUUCUAGGCCCUAAUUUCACAUGACUGGGAAAUACAGAAAUGAAUCUGCUGGUCACAAAGUAGGGGUGUGGAUCAGAAAACCAGUCAGUAUCUGGUAUGACCACCAUUUUCCUCAUGCAUCCUGUCACAUCUCCUUCACGUCGUGUUGAUCAGGCUGUUGAUUGUGGCCUGUGGAAUGUUGUCCCACUCCUCUUCAAUGACUGUGCGGAGUUACUGGAUAUUGACGGGAACUGAAACACAUUAUCAAACAUGUCGAUCCAGAGCAUCCCAAACAUGCUCAAUGGGAGACAUGUCUGGUGAGUGUGCAGGACAUGGAAGAACUGGGACAUUUUCAGCUUCCAGGAAUUGUGUACGAUAAAAUGCAAUUGUGUUCGUUGUCUGUAGCUUAUGCCUGCCCUUACCAUAACAUACCUCCAUCAUUGGGCACUCUGUUCACAUCGUUGUUAUCAGCAAACCGCUUGUCCACACGACUCCAUACCCGUGGCCUGCUGUUGUGAGGCUGGUUGGACGUACUGCCAAAUUCUUUAAAACGAUGCUUACAGUAGAGAAAUAAUGUAAUGUUUUGUCUGUCAACAGCUCUGGUGGACAUCCCUGCAGUCAGCAUGUCAAUUGAAUGUGCCCUCAAAAUUUGAGACAUCUGUGGCUUUGUGUUGUGACAAAGAAACUGCACA